AUUUAAUCAGUAGUCAUGUUACACGAUAGAGAUAGGUAGAGAUAGAGAGAAAAAGAGAGAGGAGAAAGGAAAUCCCAUAAAUAUACACACAGACACACACAUAAGUAAUAAAAUCUUAAAUACAAAGGAGAAUUCGUUUCAGUUCUCUCCAUAUAUAUAUAUAUAUAUAUAGUUGCCAUUCCCCAUCAGUUCCUCCAUUUCUCUCCUCUCCUCAUAUAUAUAUUCUGAAACCCUUUUUUGACACACUGUGAAACUACUAUAUUUCUAGAUAUGAAAGACGAUUGGAUAUCCACUGCUUUAUCCGAUGAUACAGUUGUGGCUGACCUUCUUUUCCAACUCAAACACCACCACCCAACUCAUACGCCGGCGAUGGGUUUGAGUGGUUGGGGUAGCCAUAAGCCGAGGUCUAAGCCGUCAUCAAAUACAUCUGUUAAGAAAGCAUAUAUUACUACUACGAGGUGUAGCCCUACAACGCCGCUUUCAUGGAGUGGCGGUACUGCUUCACCUAGCGAUGGUGCCUCCGAUCUAUCUUCCGCUUUCAGAUCCAAGGGCACUUUCACUCAUGAAACAAGUAACAUUAGCAGCAGCAGUAGCAAAAGAUCAAAAAACAAGAGGCAGACAUUCACUGAACUUAAGGAGAAAGAGAACUUGCUACUAAAUGAGAGGGUACAUCUGGAGAGGGAACUAGCGUCGACUCAUGUGAACCUCAAUGAGCAAAGAGCUAGGAGUGAUAACUUGAAGAGAAUCAAGAUUGAUUUGAAUCUACAAUCCUCAAAUGACAUGGCUGCAGCAGAAUCAGUGUCCAAUCGAUGCUCCAACUUGCUUGAACCAUCAAGAACCGACCAUGCUGAUUCAGUUUUGUCAAGACAUACCAUGGAUGAUGACUUGGCCUCUAGUGAGAAUCAGAAUAGAGGCUUUUUUCUACCUGAUCUAAAUGUGAUGCCCUCGGAGGAUGAAAUUGGCACACUAUGGAAUUAGGCGUGUCAGAAGGAGAAUCAACAACUCAUGUUGUUGACCUUCGUAGCUGUGAUAAUCGGGUAUCAGCUUCUUGCUUGAGCCGAGGAGCUGUUUGUAAAUUACAGGAAGAGAUCGAGACAAAGUCUCAGAUGCAAUGACUCCGUUUUCAGGCUGAGACGAAGUCUCAGUUGCACUGGACCAUGGGAAAACAGCGGGUGUUAUAAAGCCGCAUGACUGAGUUGUUGUUUUCCAGAAAGUUGGUGGUGAAGAUUAUUGAGCUUGAGAAUUAGGUUUAUACGUUUUUGUAUGUUUCACUCGGCUGGACAACAUCAGAGCAUUCUCAGGCUAACAUAAUACAUGAAAAUUGUUUAAUGGAGCUAUAAAAAAAACCAGGUUGAGCUGUGGCUAUAAUAAUUGCUCGUGUGACAGAACUAAUCAACUGUAAGUAACGCUUACCAGUUUGGAUUAUAAGAACAUUAUCUUUUUAAGGCGAUUGCCCUCUUUAAUAAGUAAGCAUUUGGCUAUAGAAAUCAAAAACUUUUUCA